CUGAUCUCUGAGGGAAAAAGGAAAAGAGAGCAUACAGCGCCCUGCCUCCCUCCCCCAUGACCCACUCAGCAGACCCCGCUGUUGAUUCGAGGCCGAGAACAGCCCCAGCCACCCUCCAUCACCACUACGACGCAGCAGCUGCCAUCAAGGACAACUGCUACUGCAUUGGCGACUCCACAGACUGGCAGAGCGCCAACAUCGUCGAGCUGCUCGACCUCAAGCCCGGCCACCGAGUCGUCGACAUGGGAGCGGGUGAGGGAGGAAAGGAAAAAUGGAUGGAACCACCAGGAUCUCUUCUCAAGCAUUCCUGCUGCCUCUUUCUCUGUCUGCAGGUGAUGGGGCCUUCGCAUCUGUCAUCCACAGGCGGGCCUCACUGCGGCGGCGCACUGUUUGUGUGGACCCUUCCGCCAACAUGACAGCCAAGGCGCAGCAGCGGCCAAGCGUCGAGGCCGUCAACGAAGACUGCAUCACCUUCACCACGCGGCCAGAGGAGAGCUACGACAGGAUCUUCUUCAAGGAGGUGGUGCACCACCUGCCCAUAGCGGACCUCCCAUCCAUCUUCCGCAACGUCCACAAGCAGCUGACGCCCGGCGGUGUGGUGCUCAUCGCCACGCGACCGAAGUCGGCAGACCAUGUGCCCAUAUUUCCACGCGCGCGGGAGGUGUGGAGUGCCAAUCAGCCUGCUGAGGAGGUGUUCCUGGGUGCUCUGCGGGAUGGCGGCUUUGACGACGUGACUGUGGAGAAGCGGGGGUUUGCCAUGCGUGUGCCUAGGGAUGAGUGGCUGGCGCUGUGUCGGUCUCGGUUCUGGUCGUGCUUCGCGCCACUGACCGACGAUGAGAUGGAGAAGGUGAGCAGACGACAGGAGCGGACAGGCGAGAGAGAAGGAACUUGGGAAGUGAAUGUAUCUUUGUUUGUGUUUUCAGGGUAUGGCUGACUUGGAGAGGUCCCUGGCUGGUGUGGAUGUGGUCGAGUGGACCGACACAUACAUCUACAUCAAGGCGAGCAAGUAGCAGACAGGCCAUGAGUUGACACCAUUUAGUGCCGUGUGUAUGCUGCUGCUUCAAAGAAACAGGAAUGCAACUCACUGUAUGUAUCCUUUACAUCCGUGUGCACAAACAGGAAAGGCUCAAGAUAGGAUUCGGCUUCCAGGCCGCAGUAGAUCAGUGCUGUCAAAAUCCGCAGUGCAGAUGAUAGAUCUCCGCCUUGGGUGGCAGUCUGCAAACGUAGCCGCCUAUAUCCGCCGCCAUAUAAGGAUCAGAAAGCUUCCAGCCUCCGUGCAAGCUUUCGAUGGAUCGCCAGGAACAAAAAAGAGCGUGUUUCAUCACAUUUUGGCCAGAAGGGCACUCCUGUAGCGUUGUAGGACCGCCACACAUCGGAAGAUUAGCGAAAAGUUGGGAGAGGUGUGUGGUGAGAUGACUGAGGCGUCGUCGCUGGUGAAGGUGGUCGUGGGAUCAGGCGAUGCGCAGCAAACCUUCUACGAGCACAAGGUGAGGUCCAGCAGAAAUGGGUGGCUGACAGCGGAGGGUGAAUGGUGUCGCCCACAUGCUUUUGUGUGUGACUGCACUGCAGGGGUGAGGUACUCGCGUUACUUCGCUGCCGCUCUCGAUGGUGAUGGGUUCGCCGAGAACGCCGCCCAGUCUGUCGAGGUGCCCUCCAUCCAUCCCGAGACCUUCAAGCACAUGAGCUGGCUGCUCCGCUCGGCAGAUGUGAGCGACCCGCAGGUAGAACUACAGCUCCAUGUGGACCGAUAAGUGAUUUGCUUGCUCUGUUCUUGCAUUUCAGGUCCUCAAGGCACAGAUGGCCGGCAUGAAGUGUCAGAAUAGGGGGGAGAGAGUCGGGGAGAAUGGUGAAGAGAGGAUCUGCCGGGCGGUCAGUCCCCGGAUAAAGGAUGAAGUCAAUGCAACGUAAGGUCUGUGGAUUUUGUGGAGAGUCCACGUAGGACAUGUAGUAUGCGUCAGUCCAUUCUGUCUGACGUCCUGUCCGCCAUGGCCUGUCUCAUGGAACGGACAAAGACUCAACAGCCGUCCUGUCUCACAGAUCAGUGGAUCGUCGGUCUAUGAACCCUAGACCCUAAACCCUGGACCGACUUGCACUUCUGACACCCC